AGAGAGAGAGAGAGAGAGAGAGAGAGAGAGAGCGCGCGGGGCUGUGCUCAGUCUGAUCGUUGCUCCUCGCCGUAUGUGAUGUCUGGGAAUAAAAGCAUGACACUGGACACAGAGAUGCGCGCUCGGUGCUCCGCCCCUGAAUAACAUCAUCAUCAUCAUCAUCAGAGUCGGGGAGGAAUAACUGGAGGGCACGAGAGAGGACGCGCGCGGACUGUCAACCUGCUGCACGUUCAUCCAUCACCUCUGAAUGCUAAUAUGAGGAAGCCUCUGGUGUGCUGAAGGACAUCUGGAUUCUGCAGAUUUACUGUACAAGUAGCAUUCUCAGCAUGCACUAAGCCCAACUGUAGCGUAACGAGAGAGCACAUGAGCAUUGAAGCAGAGAGAAUUGCCAUGGCCUCUGACGUGCAGCACCAUCAGAUCAUCUGUGCCCGUCUGCACUCUCAGCGCUUGUGGAAGAAACUCAGGCCUGCACGGGUGCUCGGCUUCCUCAUCAGCCUUUUAGCAGUAAGUGCAGUGGCCUUCUCGUGGCGCUCUACUGCUCAGUGGGAGGAGCUACACAGCCACGCCCCACACAGGACACUGCUCUCCACACACCUGGGAUACCACACUAACCUCUCGGAGGACACACCCAUAGCCAUGCGCUCGUCCGCAGAGUCUAACGAGAGUCAGGGGGACUAUCCGACGGACCUGUUCAGCCUGGAGGACCGUCGGCGCGGUGCUGUCGUCUUACACAUGUUCGGCAUGAUCUACAUGUUCAUUGCUCUCGCUAUUGUUUGCGAUGAAUUUUUUGUCCCGGCGCUCACAGUCAUCACAGAGAAACUCAAGAUCUCCGAUGACGUGGCAGGAGCCACCUUUAUGGCGGCCGGGGGCUCGGCUCCUGAGCUCUUCACCUCUGUCAUCGGCGUAUUCAUUUCCCACAGUAAUGUGGGCAUCGGAACUAUCGUCGGGUCUGCUGUGUUCAACAUCUUGUUCGUCAUCGGAAUGUGUGCAGUCUUCUCGAAAGAGAUCCUGAACCUGACGUGGUGGCCUCUGUUCAGGGAUGUCUUCUUCUACAUCGUCGGCCUCAUCAUGCUCAUAAUUUUCUUCCUAGAUAACUACAUCAUGUACUGGGAGAGUAUCAGUCUGCUGCUUGCCUACGCCGCCUAUGUGCUCUUCAUGAAGUUUAAUGGGAAUGUAGAGACUCUCGUCAAGGGCAUCAUAAACAGAAACCAGGUGGUGGAAGUGGAGGCCCAGCCAAAGUUGAGCCCCAGUGGAGUGGAGGAUGACAGCAAGUCGGCCAAACCCCGGCUGCAGAGAGGAGGAAGCUCCGCCUCUCUACACAACAGCCUAAUGAGAAACAGCAUCUUUCAUCUGAUGAUCCACACACUCGACCCUCUCAGUGAAGAAUUCGCUGACUCUGAGCUGGGGACUUAUGGCAAGCUAAAAUAUUAUCACUCAAUGACGGAGGAAGGGAAAUUCCGUGAGAAGGCGUCCAUCCUUCACAAAAUUGCCAAAAAGAAAUGCCAGGUGGAGGACUCAAAUGGAGUUGCUGAAAAGAAUCUGCCAAACAGCUCGAGUGUGGAGGUGGACGUGACUCCACCGAUGAAUGGCACUGCGGGACAGGACGGAGACACAGGUGAAGAGGAUGAUGAGGAAGAUCAGCCUCUGAGUCUGUCGUGGCCCGAGUCCAAACGCAAGCGCUUCACGUAUCUCUUGAUCCUGCCCAUAGUCUUCCCUCUGUGGAUCACGCUGCCGGACGUCCGGAAGGACAGUUCCAAGAAGUUUUUUCCCAUUACGUUCCUGGGAGCGAUUUGCUGGAUCGCGGGAUUCUCCUACCUGAUGGUGUGGUGGGCUCAUCAGGUUGGAGAGACUAUCGGCAUCACAGAGGAGAUCAUGGGACUGACGAUCCUAGCGGCGGGAACCUCCAUCCCUGAUCUGAUCACCAGUGUCAUUGUGGCCCGAAGGGGUCUGGGAGACAUGGCAGUGUCCAGCUCUGUGGGCUCCAACAUAUUCGACAUCACUGUGGGGUUACCGUUCCCAUGGCUGCUGUACUCCAUUAUAAACAGUAUGAGGCCGGUUCAGGUGAGUAGCAACGGUCUGUUCUGCGCCAUCGUGCUGCUCUUCAUCAUGCUCCUCUUCGUCAUCAUCUCCAUCGCCGCCUGUAAGUGGAAGAUGAGCAAACUGCUGGGCUUCAUCAUGUUCCUGCUCUACAUGGUCUUCCUGGUGGUCAGCGUCCUGCUGGAGGACAAGGUCAUCGUCUGCCCCAUCUCGAUCUGACCGCUCACCUGCUGACUUUACCUCACAUCUGUAGGCAUUUCUUUACUUAUGACAGAGUUCCCAGACUCCUCACACGUCAUCUAUCGCCCUCUGUGUGUGUUUAUGGGGUUUUACACACUUAAAAACAUUUUAAUAUUAAAAUUUGUACUUGUUUUCCUAUAAAAUAUUGAAAUGUCCUUAAAGAAGAUAACUGAACUGUCUACUUGAGAAACAAAACUCGUUUUCAGAGU